AUGUAUGAACAGCUCAAAAACGAUACUUUCGAAUUCUGGACUGCAGAUCUGGACUCAGAUCAAACAGAGAUAAAAUGUAUCUGCUGGUUCCGGGAAUCACCUGCAGGAUUCAUUCUUUCUCUUAAAAGUAACCAGCUGGUCUUCUCCGUCAAUGGUAGCCUUCCUUCCCCUGUGCUGAGGGUGGAUCCAUUGUCCCAGAGGGUGAAGGAAGGUGACCCCUUGAUCUUCCUCUGCUCAACGGAAGGAGAAAACGCAGAGAAGAAGUUCCAUUUCUACAAGGAUGGGGUGGAGAUCACCAGCAGCUAUGAAGCUCUGAGGAAGGAUUCCAGCGAUCUCUCAGAUCCUCUUCAAAAUGGCUCUCUGAGAAUCCCGCAUGCCACCUUCAAUCACAGUGGAGAAUUUGCUUGCAGUUAUGAGGAAAAUAUAAAUGGGCGCUGGAUACUGUCUCCUUGGAGUCAGGAAGUGAAUGUCACAGUUCUUUUGUGGAUGAACCUGGGAGCAGAUGGCCUCCGUUCCCCAGUGCUGAAAGUGGAACCGUUGUCCCAGAGGAUGAAGGAAGGUGACCCCUUGCUCUUCCUCUGCUCAACGGAAGGAGACAAUGCAGAGAAGAAGUUCCAUUUCUACAAGGAUGGGGUGGAGAUCACCUCCAGGGAAGAAGGUCUUCUGGAUCCCUCCACUGAACCCACAAAUCCUCUUCAAAAUGCCUCUCUGAGAAUCCCUCAUGCCUCCUUCAACCACAAUGGAGAAUUUGCUUGCAGUUAUGAAGAAAAGAGAAGCAACCGAUGGGUCAAGUCUUCUUUGAGCCAGGCAGUAAACAUCACAGUUGAACCAGUUUUGACCCAAGAUUCAGAUCCUAUAUGGAGAUAUUCCUGGAUGGCGAUUCCUCUUAUAAUCCUGAUAAUCCUGCUGGUUCCACUUGCCUUUUAUUGCUGGAAGAAGAAGAGCACAUCAGCAUCCCAGGAACCAUUUCAGCCCAUGGAAAAGAAAGAGGAAAGAAAUGAACUUGCAGUGAUGGAGCCUCCAGCAGCAACAGCAGCUACUUCCUCACCUGUCAAGGACUCUGAGGUCACCUACAGCUGCAUCCAGGUCUCCUUCAGCCCAUCUCCUCCUGGACCAACAAGGAGGAAUCUUCUUACACAGCGGGGAGAAGAAGGGAUAUUGUACAGUGAUAUUGUGUUUCCCCCCAAAAGGAGGAAUCAAAACCAUCCCUGAUUGCAGGAACGUGUGUCCCUCUUGGUCCAGUCCCUUAUUUCUCCUAGACAUGGAUGUCACCCUUGAAGAGAUGACGAUGCAGCUCAGUUUUGAUUUAUGGCAGAAGAGAAAACCCAACAAACAGGGGA